AUGGCAGGGAGAAACAACUAUAACAAUGAUCAGAAUGAGGUUGUAAGGCAACUAGCUGCUUUAGCUCAACAAUUAGCUGAAAGGAAUAACAAUAACAAUCCUGACCCUGGAGAAUCUGACCCAACUAUCCUUGAGAACUGGUUGAGAGAGUUUGACAAGUUGUUUGUGGAAGUAGCAUGCCCUAAUGAGUUCAAAGAGCAAGUGAGGGAUAAGUUCUACCCAAUGUUCUUGGAAAAGCAGAAAGCUGAUGAGUUCCUAGAACUUAAGAUGGGAGGUAUGUCGAUGACUGAGUAUUACACUAAGUUUAUUGAGUUGUCUAGGUUUGCUGAAGAUACUGUGGCUACUGAUAGGCAGAAAACUAGAAGGUUUGAAAGUGGAUUGCCUCUUUCUCUACAAGGAAAAUUGUUAGGGCAAGUGUUUGACAAUUUGAAUGAAUUAUAUGGUAGGAAAGCGCAUUUACAUGCGUUGGAGUUGAAGGAAAAAGCUGAAAAGGCUAAGUUGGAUGCUGGGGAGAAAAGAAAAGAGACUAUGACUAGUUCUGGACCAUCUGGGAACCAGAAUAACUUCAAGAAGAAAAAGUUUAAUCACCACCAAGGUAAUAACUUCCAGAACAAUAGGAACAACCAAGGUGGGCGCAAUUUUCCUAGGGAAAAUAGGAACCAACCUGGAGAUCGUAAUCAAAGGAUAUACUACUAUAAGAGAUGUUCCAACAAUCACCCAGGGAAGGACUGUGAUGGAAACUUAGUCAUUUGUAACCUAUGCAAUAAGCAAGGACACAAGGCAUACGAGUGUUUUAAUAAGAAUAAAGGGGUCAAGGAAACAAUCAGCAUAAGGGUAGUGGACAGAACUGGAAUCAGCAGAAAGGAGGUCAAGAAUGGAAAUAAGAAUACCAAUGGUGGUAACACACAAGUCAAGGGUGGAACACCAGGAAAGCUUAAUGUGAUGGGGUCGCGUGAGGCUGAUGCAGCGAGAGAUGUCAUUACUAGUACAUUUUCUAUAAACUCAAUUCCUGUUAAAGUUUUGUUUGAUUCUGGUGCAAUAUAUUCUUUCAUUUCUAAAGCUAUGCUUCGAAAACUAUCGCAUUGUCUGAAAACUAUAGAUGACAUAGAUAUUCCUUUAGAACUUUUAAUUGGGGAUGUAGUUCACUGUACUAGGUUUUAUAGGGAUGUACCUAUAAAGAUUAAAGGGUAA